GUGGGGUGCCCUUUCCACGAGACAUGCUUGUGGCUCAGACCGCGGGGCCUGCCACGAGCUCCCAGGUGGCCGCUGGUCUUGGUGCGGCCACGGGGACUGGGGCGGACCCGCCUCGCUGCCUUCUGCCCACACGGCUAACCCAGGUGGGCGCCUGGAACCAGCGGCAGUCAAGCUACCGAUAAGUGGUGCAGUGGCCCCAGGCCAGGCCGCCUUCCUCCCGAGCGGCUGCUGCUUGGCAGGAGGCCAGGCCCCAGCACCAUCCACAGCCCUGCCUGAGGGGCGCUCAGCCUUGGCUUUGGUGGGCAGCCUUUUGAGGCACUUGGUUCUAGAGGCUUUGUUCUGUGUUCUCCACGUGUGACCCUCCCCCGGGUACCGCACCCUCUGGGACUGACCCACCACCACACAGCCCCGUGAAAGUGCUUUCACUUUUCAGUUUGUGCCCAGUGCUUUCUUGGCUCGUUUCUACUUUUCCUAGGGGCUUCUUUGGACCUGUGGUUAUUUAGAGGUUUCUGUUUAAUUUUCGAAUGUCUAAGGAUUUUCCAGUUAGCUUUUUGUUACUGAUUUCUAGUUUCUGAUAUGAAGAACAUGAUGUUUCUGUCGUUGAAUCUUUACAAACCCCACCAUGAGGGAGACACCUUUUAUUAGCUUCGUUUUGCAAAACGGGGGGACACCGGUGGUCACAGCUCCAGGCCCAGGACUGCCUGCUUCUGGAGGUGUGAUGUCAGCCUCUGUCCUCCCAGAGACCUGCGGGGGCCGGGUGGGGCAGGCUACCCGCCGCCCUGUGAUUCAAGAUGCGCUGGAGGCAGAGCCCAGGGACUGAGGAUGGAGAGCCCACAGGCAGGGGGCCGGUCAGGCGAGCGGCAGCUGCCUCGGGAAGGUGGAGCCGGGAGCCCUGGUCAGGACCCUAGCUGUGGCCUCAGCCUGGCAGCCGGCAUCUCCGGCCAACCGGCACAGCUGCCCCGGCAAGGCAUUGGCCUGGGGUUGGUUUGUGGGGGGCACGGGGAGUCGCCUCGGGGUCCUGGGAGCCGGCUGUCACAGUCCCGUGUGUCCCGGGUGGAGAGAGCCUGCUGAGGGGAGACACUUCCAAGAAGGGACGGGCGUGUGCUGGGCUAGCUGUGGUGCGGGCUGGUGGCCAUGUGGGGCAAGCGUGGCCGGGCCCCUGGCCUCCUGUGGGCCACAGCGGCCUCUCCAGCCACGUGCCCUCUUGAUGCUACACGGCAGCCCUCAUGUGAUCAAGGCCCCUGCUGGCCGGCUGCGUGUGUGGGCCCCUGGCGGAGAGCCCAGAGUUGGGCCCCAAGCCCUGGGAUCCCCACCUGCACCUUGCAGGCUGCCUGCACUGCUGGGCCCCAGCCGGCCCCUGCUGGAGAAGCCUCCGGAAGCCUGCGUCCAGGCCAGAGCAGGCUGGACGGUGCACUGGCCUCCUCCGGCUGCGGGGAGGGUCUUUGCGCACACUUCCACUUAGUGGGCACCAGGGCUGGGCCUCCAGGCCUCUGAGCGAGACUUCCACUUUCCUCCGCCCCGCCUCCCGGGCCCUGCCAGGCAGACGAAUCAGAAGGCAGGCCCAGGGACCGGCUCCCUUGGGCAAGACCUGCCGGGCUCCGUGGAGCUAACCAGCACCAUCAGGAAGUGCACAGCUUUCCUCCUGGGCUCUGCCGGCCGGCCUGCAACACCUCCUCCUGUUCGUCGGAUCGGGCUGGCCCAGGGUGGCCAGCGCCCCACCGUGCAGGUGCCCCUCCAGGACCCUGAGGUAGGUGGGAUUGCUGCCCCUUCUGAAGGUGCCAGGAAGACGCCUCUCUGCUCAGGGCUCCUGGGGCAGGGAGCCGGGUGCUGGGGCACCUGCCCCAGAAGGGCAGCAAGUGGUCUCAACUCUUCUGCCCUGUCCGCCUUCACAGCCACGUGGUACCUGCUGGUCCGUCUCAGGGGACUUAGCAGCAGGGUGUCCGGUGUGGGACUUGUGGAUUUGAGGCGGGAGAGGCGGGGAGCGGGCUGAACGUUCCAAGGGCCACCCACCGAGUGCUGGUGUGUGUGUCUGGCUGGAUGGGAUGACCGAGGGCCACGGGAAGUCGGAGAAACUCCUGCAAAGACCCCGCCUGCUGCCACCUGGACCUCUGGGAGCGUGGUCUAGCCCCUCUGAGCUGGAAACCAUGUUCCCACGCCGGCUGAGGGCGCUCUGGGGCGGCAGCGGGUCAGUGUCUCCGUCCCCGCCACCAGGAGGAGGCUUCUGGUUUGGCCCAGGCCUCAGAGAGUGGUUCCCGCCCCCGCUGGUGGAAGGGAGCAGCAGUGGGUGGUCCCAACACGGAUGGCCCCCUUGCUGGGGAGCCCGAGCGCCUGGGAACAGGCUUCAUCUGGGAGGGGAGAGGAGCCCCGCGGUGGCUGGUGCCCAGGACCUGAGAGCCUGCAGAGGGCGCCCGAGCGGCUCUGGGGCUGGCCGUGGGCGAUGCAGCGGGCCUGGCUCCCCCGUGGGCGGUCCGCAGUCGCCCUUCCCGAGCGAGCCGCCUGGACCACUGUUGCACCACCAGCCAGCUGCCGGAAGGAGGAGGCGGUGGGGCUAAGCUCUGAGCGGCCGCCAGGUCCAGGAAGGAGGAAGUCCCCCACAGCCCUGCCUGGCACGCACGGGCGGGCGGGUCACCGUCCCAGGGUUGCCGCCCCAGCCUGGGUGCCUGCCUCCCCACACGUGCCCGGGGGGCGCUGCCAGUGGGUAGGAGGCGGUGGCCUGCCAGCCCCACACUUCCGGGAUGGGGAGUGCAGAGUCCAGAGCAGGGCCACGGUGUGGGGCGUGCAGUGUUCUCAGACGCCACCCAUCCCUGGAGCCCUCCACGUCUUCCCCCACUCUCAUCAGGGCGACCCAGGGACGGGGAAAGCCCAUGCGCCGGGGGGGCGGGGGGCGGGCAGCAGGGCCCAGGGAGGGCUGCCCUGGCUGAGCUGGUGCCCCAGGUCACAGCACCAGCACCGAGGAGGGACCCGUGAGGCCGCACACCUGUCCUGGACACCCCCAGCCGGUCCCGGCCUGUGGCCGCCCCUCCCAGCAGUUCUCCCACCGACCACAGCCGUGGCCACCGCCAUGUCAGACUACGAGAACGAGGACCAGUGCUGGAAUGCUCUGGAGAGCUUCCGCGUGAAGCUCAUCUCCAUCAUCGACCCCUCACGCAUCACACCCUACCUGAGGCAAUGCAAGGUGCUGAACCCCGACGAUGAGGAGCAGGUGCUCAGUGACCCCAACCUAGUCAUCCGCAAGCGGAAAGUGGGCGUGCUCCUGGACAUCCUGCAGCGGACCGGCCACAAGGGCUAUGUGGCCUUCCUCGAGAGCCUGGAGCUCUACUACCCACAGCUCUACAAGAAGGUCACGGGCAAGGAGCCCACCCGUGUCUUCUCCAUGAUCAUCGACGCAUCUGGGGAGUCGGGCCUGACCCAGCUGCUGAUGAGCGAGGUGCUGAAGCUGCAGAGGAAAGUGCAGGACCUGACCCAGCUGCUGAGCUCCAAGGACGACCUCAUCAAGGAGCUGCGGGUGAAGGACAGCCUGCUCCGCAAGCACCAGGAGCGCGUGCAGCGGCUCAAGGAGGAGUGCGAGGCGGGCAGCCGCGAGCUCAAGCGUUGCAAGGAUGAGAACUACGACCUGGCCAUGCGCCUGGCCCGUCAGAGCGAGGAGAAGGGCGCCGCGCUCAUGCGGAGCCGCGACUUGCAGCUGGAGAUUGAGCGGCUCAAGCACAGCCUCAUGAAGGCGGAGGAUGACUGCAGGGUGGAGCGCAAGCACACGCUGAAGCUCAGGCACGCCAUGGAGCAGCGGCCCAGCCAGGAGCUGAUGUGGGAACUGCAGCAGGAGAAGACACUGCUGCAGGCGCGCGUGCGGGAGCUGGAGGCCACCCUGCAGGAGGGGAAGCCGGACAAGAGCAGUCCCUACAUCCAGGUGCUGGAGGAGGACUGGCGACAGGCACUGCGGGACCACCAAGAGCAAGCCAACACCAUCCUCUCUCUGCGCAAGGACCUGCGGCAGGGCGAGGCUCUGCGUGCCCGGUGCAUGGAGGAGAAAGAGAUGUUCGAGCUGCAGUGCCUGGUCCUACGGAAGGACUCCAAGAUGUACAAGGACCGCAUCGAGGCCAUCCUGCAGCAGAUGGCGGAGGUGGCCAUCGAGAGGGACCAGGCCAUCACCACGCGGGAGGAACUGCAUGCACAGCACUCACGGAGCCUGCAGGAGAAGGACGUGCUGCGGAAGCAGGUCCGGGAGCUGGCCGAGAAGGCAGACGAGCUACAGCUUCAGCUCUUCCAGCGUGAGGGCCAGCUGCUGGCCGUGGAGGGCAGGCUCAAGCGGCAGCAGCUGGACACGCUCGUCCUGAGUUCUGACCUGGAGGACAGCUCACCCAGGAACUCCCAGGAGCUCUCACUCCCCCUGGACCUGGAGGCCGUCCAGCUCUCAGACAAAGGACGCAGGCGCGAGCGGCGGGGAGCCCCCCGAGAAGGAGCGGCGGCGCCUCAAGGAGAGCUUCGAGAACUACCGCAGGAAGCGCGCCCUCAGGAAGAUGCAGCACGGCUCGAGGCAGGGCGAGGUGGACUGGGAGAACACCACGGGCAGCGACAACACCGACACGGAGGGCUCCUAGCCAGCCCCGCGCGCCGGGAGGACGCCCGCCCAGCCGGAGGGGCGCAGCCGCCCAGGCGCGCCGGCGGGCACGCACGGGGACUCGCACAGGCGUGCUCUGGCUCUGCGUGCGGCAGUGUCGGAAAUGCAGUUCCAUAAAUAAACGACCGGGGUCCCGGUACCCUAGCCUCCGCUGGCCUCGCUCCCGCGUGCACCUCCCAGCCGCGCGCGCACCUCCCGCCCCCAGGGGGCAGCAGAGCACGGUCUGCCGGGCGGCGGACGGAAGCCGAAAGGGGCGCCUUCGCCGCGUGCCCGCUUCCAAGAUGGCGGCGGCACGGCUUCAGCCGCGCGGGGCGGGGCGGGCGGGGCAGCCGAGGUCGGAGGGCGGGAUGCUGCGGGCUGCGCUGAGCCGCGUGCCGCCGCUACUGACUCGCGUGCGGCCGCAGGGG